AUGGUCAUUAGAUAUUCGCUUCUAUUCAUAACAGUAGUUCUGUACACGAUUGGCGGAACACUAGCAACAUUGAAUAAUAGAACGGAUAGUGCUUCUGCAACUUCAUUACGGAAUUCAACAGCAACAAAAGUGAAGAAACUCGCUAAAUAUACAAGUGGAGAGAAAUCAUCGGGAACUCAAUAUAUGUCCGAAGUUGGCUCACGUUGUACAGAGGAUGGCUUCUUUGCUGAUCGAGAUGAUUGUCGUAAAUUUCAUGUUUGUUAUGGCGGAACUCAAUCUGUUCGUUGGUGCAAGAAUGGUAUGCUUUGGGAUGAGAGCAAAAUCGGCUGCAGUGUACAAAGUACGACAUCAUGUAUUGGCGGUAGAAAAAAAUGGGGUCAAGAUGAAGAUGUUACAACAACAUCAACAGCAGCAGCAACAUCGAAUACUCAAAUGGGUAAAGGUAACUACACAUGUCGGCCAGGUGCAACUGGAUUCUUUGCUGAUCCAAGUUCAUGUUCGAUCUAUCAUUGGUGUGUUCUUGGCGUACUUCAAUCAUCGCAUCGAUGUAACGCGGGAUUACAUUUCUCAGCGAGUUCGAAUGGAUGUUUAUGGCCGAAGGAUGCUGAAUGUGAAGGACAAAUUGCACCUCCAUACUCACCAAUUGAGUGUGCACUUGGCAGUUCAGGCUAUUUUCCUGAUCCGUAUGAUUGUUCGGUAUUUCACUAUUGUGAUGGUGCGAAAACUCAAAGCGAUUCACUACUUUGCUCAUCUGGUCUCAUCUGGAGUGCACGCAUGGAAAGUUGUGCUUGGCCUCAUGAAGUUUCUGAAUGUCAAAAUGCUUGUCCAGCUAAUUACUCCAGUCAAAUGCGUUUUGCUGAUCCAGUUACAUGUUCUCAAUAUGUUCAAUGUGUUGAUGGACAUUUAGAACAACGAACAUGUUCGAAUAACUUACUAUUUGAUCGUAUUACUAAGACGUGCAAACCUUACGAACAAGCUGAAUGUCAUGGUGCGAAACCUGAACCUUCAACAGGUCCAUCUACAACAACGAUUUCAUCAUUUACAACAGCGGACAUUUUCUCCAAUAAUCUUGGUGUCAUUAAGAAACAACGUUCAACACGUUUCAGUUGUAUAGCUGAUGGGUAUUUUGGUGACGCACAAGAUUGCCGUAUUUAUCAUGUUUGUGUUGACGGACGUGAUUAUCGGUCGAUGUGCGCUCCCGGUUUAGCAUGGGACUCACUAUUACGCCUCUGCAUGCCUGCUCACUUAACAGGUUGCCAGACUUCAAAAUCGUUUGAGCCUCCCUCAGGCUCAUCAAAAAGAAAAUGGCUUCAUUCCUACACGCGUGCUGUCGUCAAAUCUACCACAACGACAACAACAACUACGACUACAACAGCUGCGCCUUUUGGAUUACCUUCAAUAUUUACUUGUGCAGGUCGUACGAACGGUUACUAUGCCGAUCCCGUCCAUUGCAAUAAGUUUCAUUAUUGUGCUACAGGUUGGCAUAGCGUGAUGGAAUGUGACAAUGGUUUAGCAUAUUCAGCUCGUGACAACGACUGUGUUCCUGUCGAACUUGCUGAUUGUGGAAACAAAAGAUCAAUAAAAAAGAAAUAUUAA